GUGAGAUGAGUGACCAGGAAGCAACGGCGAAGAACAAGGAUAAAGCCAAGAAAACGGACAGUGAGAUGAGUGACCAGGAAGCGACGGCGAAGAACAAGGAUAAAGCCAAGAAAACGGACAGUGAGAGUGACAGUGAGAUGAGUGACCAGGAAGCGACGGCGAAGAACAAGGAUAAAGCCAAGAAAACGGACAGUGACAGUGAGAUGAGUGACCAGGAAGCGCGAAGAAGAAAACAGGGAAAGGGAAAGGGAAAAGAACCAAGCAAACGGACUAGUGAGACCAGUGAGCAUUGAGCAGGAAGAGAACCAACAAGAAGGGGCAGGAGUACACUGACGCGCACGACCAAGACCACUGCAUUCCAUU